AUGUCAGCUCGGGACUGCACAGAGAGUCUGGCCACCACAGACAAGGCCUUAAAAGUGGUCUUCGUAUCUGCGAUCACGACAAACCUGCUUCGCUCUGUGCCAUUUGUCCAUACGGGUCAGCGGCCGCGCGUGAACCCUGCUGGUAAUUCACAACCUUGCAAAAUAUCGGUGGACCUAAACCAAAUGGCGAUGCAUGCUUCCUUCGCCGGAAUUGGCGAUAAAUCUUUAGCUUUAUCGGUGGAAACGUCCGGCUGCGCGAACCUACAUCAGGAGACGGGCUCCACGCAGGAGCCUUUGCCUUUAAGUACCAUUACAGGCGCCGCUUUCCCGCCGCCGCCGGCUGCGCCGCCGCUGACUUACAUCGCCAACGCUUCUCCGUUGCCAGCAGUAGCACCAGCACCAGCAGUAGCAGCAGCGCAACAGCCAGCGGCGCCUGUAUGCGCGGCGGUUGGUUCCCGGGGCUUCAAGGGAAGGUCUACAAUUUUUACCGCAGCCGCUGGCCCAUGCGGGCUCACGUCAACAGUAACAGAGACCUUGCGGGGGCUGGGACUCGAACUGGAGAUGGCAACGGGCUUGGACAUAGGUGGUGUCGCCAGCGGCACCGCCGCCGCUGCCGUCGUCACCGCUGUUGCAAUUACUCACCUGACCGGCGACGACGCCAUCGGCGACGACAGUAUCACCGAAUCAGCCACGACGACCGACCAGGCGAGGCGACUGCUGUUCGAGGGCGGCGAUAUUUGUCGGUCAUCCGAAGAUCCGGCUCAGAUCCAGAUCCAGAUCCUGAACCUGCCCUGUGAUGCCUCGCUAGGUCCUUUCCUUCCCAAGAAAGCUGCCAGUGGCCUACUACCGGGUGUCGUACCAGUGACCACAGGCGGGGUUCCAAGGGCUGAGGACGCCACCACCAUCACCACCACCAUCCCCACCACCAUCCCCACCACCAUCCCCACCACCAUCCCCACCACCAUCCCCACCACCACCACCACCACCCCCACCCCCAUCCCCACCAUCACCAUCACCACCAGCAGUAGGGGUGUCAGGGACAGCGGAGACGAAGCUGCUGUUGCUGCCCCCGCAGCGGUGGAUACUGCUACAGCUCCGGCCAUCGACGUCGCAACCGUCGGCGCACCCGCAGAUGAGGGGGCAGCGGCGCCAGCGGUAGACGGCGCAGAUGCGACAGUAAAUACUUUAUCGGCAAUUCGGGAGGUGGACACGACGGGCAUUGCGGCCGUUACCGGGGGCCAAGUCGAAGGCCAGGUGGCGGCGGCGCGAAUGUCGGCGGUGGCAGCGCCGCCGCCAGAUUCGGCCUCGGUGUUUGGGUACCGGUUUGUUGGCCGCGGCCGCAUGCGGGGCGGUCGACCACAGCGGCGUGUCUGUAACCCGGGAUACGACCCGGAGACCCCUCGGAGGCUCGCGGGACCCGCUGCUGCCGGGGCGGCCGCGGGCCGCGGUGGCGGCGGCGGUGAUGCUGGUGCCCGCCGCCGCGGCUUCGGCGCUCUGCUGGCCAGCGCGGGUAUCACCACUUGGUCCCCGGGUCGCUUCCGGAAGGUAGUACGACAAGGCAGUGGGGAUGUACGGGGCCGCGGCGGCAGCAGUACCGUACUUGGCCACGGGGCCUUGCCAACCGGGGCCGGCGGGCGGGGGAGGGCGCUGCGAGGCGCCAUCACGGAAUCAGGAUACGGCGAGUACGGCUUAACUGGUCAUGCUGACGUCGACGUCGACCGAAACAGCUUCAGUCUGUUGACGUCAACCGGAUUUUCCAGUUUUAAAGCCCCCAGCUGCGUCUUCUCUCUACACCGCAUGACAGUGCUAGUGGCCGCCGCGGCGGCGGCGGCGGCGGCGCGGCGAGAGGGCUCCGAGACGUGGACGCUGCCGCUGCCGUCUAGCAUGCCAGACGUGAGUACGGCGGACGGCGAUUGGGACAGUUUGUGGGCACCGGAUGGCGACGAGGAUGGGGAGCAGCAGCAGCAGCAACACACAUUUUCGGAGCUGUCCUUCCCUAGCCGACAGCCGUCCAGGCGGAGGCGCCGCCAGCAGCCGCCGCAGCGGUGUCAGCAACAGCCCUCCCGCCAGCAGCAACGAGGCAUGCGUGUGCCCUCCAUCACCCGGACGGGGGGCCCACUGCUGGAUCUACCGGACGGCUGGGAGGCGGCUAUGGCGGCUAUGGGAGAGACAUCGACCCAUGGGUCGCUGGGGCCAUCAGAAUCAGGAAGGCAAGCGGGGGACAAUACGGCGAUGGCCGCCGAGCCGCAGCAGCGGCGGUGGCGGCUGGGCGGCGGCGGCGGCGGCGGCGGCAGACCGACCGACUCGCGGGCCACUGCUGCCGUCGGCGCCGGCGCGCCCAGAGCGUGGUGGCGGCAGCUGCAGGCCGGCUUGGUCGGCUUGGGAAGAAGCCUCGUGCACUGCUACUGCUCCUAG